GCUCGUUCGCGAACCUUCCAACCUUCUCGUCUCUGCGCCCUCCCCCCUCCUCCCUCCCCUCUGUCUCGCCCUUUUCCCCCCUUCCCAGCAGCCGCCGGACGCAGGCGAGGCCGACAGACCUACAGCCGCUACCAGACCCUGGAGCUGGAGAAAGAGUUCCUAUUUAAUCCCUAUCUGACUCGCAAGCGGCGAAUCGAGGUGUCGCAUGCGCUGGGACUGACAGAGAGACAGGUCAAAAUCUGGUUCCAGAACCGGAGGAUGAAGUGGAAAAAAGAGAACAACAAAGACAAGUUCCCCAGCAGCAAAUGCGAGCAGGAGGAGCUGGAGAAGCAGAAGCUGGAGCGGGCCCCGGAGGCGGCGGACGAGGGCGACGCGCAGAAGGGCGACAAGAAGUAGGAUCCAGCCGGGACUGCCAGGGCC